AUGGUCCUGAAGUUCGGCCUCACCGACGCGAAGAGGCAGAUGACGCACCAGCCCAUGAUGAUCCUGCUCGUGCUGCUGCCGCCGAGGGCCGCCAUCCUCCGCGACACCAUUCCGUUCUUCUGCAUGUGCAACCCGCUCAUGAAUCCGAAGUCCGCCGCCCGGAGGGUGGCCUUCCUGACCUCCUGCAAGCUGUUCCCGCUCCUGACGCUCGCGCUGACACUACCGCCGGCGCUGAUGGUGUUCUGCAUUCCCGACCCUUUCAACGAUCCGGAGUCCGCCGACUUGCUGGUGGCCUGCAUGACCUACUUCUCGACGCUCUCCUUGCUGGUGCUGGAGACGCUCCUGCUGACGUCGCUGGAGACGGCGCCCCUGAUAGUGCUCUGCAUGAAGCUGCCGCUGCUGAAUCCCGUCCCCGUGCUGUUGGUGUGGCUCUUGCUGCCCUACGCCCCCUUGUACGCGAAUGGCAGCGCGUAG